AUGCAAGAUUUCAUCGGCUCCGUCCGCCGAUCUUUGGUGUUCAAGCCAUCCGGCGAAGAAACCAAUGGCUUAGGAGGAUUUGUUGAGAAAAUCGGGUCAAGUAUCCGAAAAUCUCGAAUUGGACUGUUUAAUAAACCGCCGGUUCAUGCACUGCCGGCAAUUCCUAAGUCUGAGACGCUGCCGCCGAGGAAGUACGUGAAGGAGGAGUUCCCGAUGCCGAUGAUGGAAGACGAGGCAUUGCCGCCAAUGGAGGGAGCCUUGGAAGAAGAGAUAUCGUUGAAGAGGAAGAAAGAGCAGAUGGUGCCGUUGGCUAGAGUGGCGAAGGAGGAUGAGACAGUGGGGACGAGUAAAGCGGUGAAAAGGAAGGAGGCGUCGAUCCGGUGGAGGAAGGGGGAGAUGAUUGGGUGCGGGGCAUUUGGGAGAGUCUACAUGGGGAUGAAUCUUGAUUCUGGCGAAUUACUCGCUGUAAAAGAGGUUGCAAUUGGGGCGAAUAGUGCCUCGAAGAAAGCACAAGAUCAACUUUUGGAGCUUGAGAAAGAAGUGAAUCUUUUAAAAAAUCUUUCGCAUCCAAACAUCGUGAGAUACUUGGGAACUGCAAGAGAAGAAGAUUCACUGCAUAUAUUACUGGAAUUUGUUCCAGGUGGAUCCAUUUCAUCGCUCCUGGGAAAGUUCGGGUCUUUCCCAGAAUCUGUCAUUAGAAUGUAUACCAAACAAAUUUUGUUGGGACUAGAAUACCUGCACAAAUAUAAGAUUAUGCACCGAGACAUUAAGGGAGCAAACAUUCUUGUGGAUAAUAAGGGGUGCAUUAAGCUUGCCGACUUUGGUGCAUCAAAGAAAGUUGAAGCACUGGCUACUGUAACCGGUGCCAAAUCCAUGAAGGGUACUCCAUAUUGGAUGGCUCCAGAAGUUAUUGUCCAGAGUGGUCAUAGCUAUUCUGCUGAUAUAUGGAGCGUUGGAUGCACUGUCAUUGAGAUGGCUACUGGAAAAGCUCCUUGGAGCCAGCAGUAUCAGGAGGUUGCCGCGCUCUUUUACAUAGGUACAACCAAAUCUCAUCCACCAAUACCUGAGCAUCUUUCUGCUGACGCAAAGGACUUCUUACUAAAAUGUUUACAGAAGGAACCAGACCUACGGCCAACUGCAUCAGAUUUAUUAAAGCAUCCAUUUGUUACUGGAGAACGUCAGGAAUCUCGUCUUAUAUUUCGCCCUUCACCAGUGGGCAGCACUGGAAAGCAAAUGGCAGCAUUUGGAUUUGACCUUGAUAAGUCAAUUAAUGUAGAGACAAAGAUGACCUACAAUGAUCUGAAGGAUGUAAAUGACGUGGAUGGUGUGAGAUGCUCAACUGUGUAUCCUAACCAGCUAUCAGAAAGUCAGUCCUUUUGGCAGCCUGUCAACUCUGACGAUGAUAUGUGUCAAAUAGAUGACAGUGAUGAUCUAGUUUUUGGUACACCAGCUACUCUACUUUCUCGUGAUCAUAAUCAGAGCUUUAACCCUAUGUGUGAGCCUAGUAAUGAUUGGCCGUGUAAGUUUGAUGAAAGUCCAGAGUUGAAGAGAAGUGGAAAUGAGUUGCUCUUCAGUCAAAAUAUCGAGCAUGGAAAUAGAUCCCAUGUUUCUGGUGAUAUGGAAUGUGGCUUCACAUUUCCAAGAGGACCUGCAUCUGAAGAUGAAGAUGAAGCAACUGAGUCAAGGAUUAGGGAAUUCCUUGAUAAAAAGGCUUUAGAGCUCAAGAAGCUGCAAACACCUCUGUAUGAAGAAUUCUACAAUUCCUUGAAUGUUGUCGGUCCUCUAAGUCCUGUUGGCAAGGAAAAUGUUUCAAGUAAAAGCAACUUACCUCCAAAAAGCAGGUCACCAAGUAGAAUGGUUAGCAGAAGGCUUUCUACUGCUCUUGAUGUUGAGAAUAGCCCGAGCCCCAUUAGUUGUUCCAGACGCGUGUCAAACAUUGGAGAUAUAAAUUAUCGAGCUUCUCCAGACAAAGAACACGAUUCUCAGUGUGACCCACUUACUCCACGUGCUAGCUUCUUGGAGAGAGAAAGGAAGUGGAAAGAAGAGCUUGUUGAAGAGCUUGAGAGGAAACGAGAACUUAUGCGGCAGGCAGGGGUUUGCAUCUCCAUGAAAUUAAAUGGAGUUUUGAUAUAUGGGCACAUUGAGGGACGACAAGAAUGGCUUACGCUGACAAAUGAAGAUUUACUUUAUAAGGAUUUCCAUUCCAUUUGA